AUGCUGGAAUCGAAGAGGGAGCUGACGACGAAAGUUGAGGGGAAGUCAACGGAGAUGGAGGAGGGCGGCGACAUUCCUUCCUUCCGCUGCGACCUUAGGCCGGCCACUCUGGACCGCGAACCUCCACAGCAGCCGCGCGCGAUAAUGGGUCGAGCCAUCUGGGCCGCGAAUUUGGAGGAGUCCAACGAAUUUCAAGAUUCUGGGCCAAAGUUGGGAAGAAAUCAGGUCAAGCUGGAGUCACUAAAUGGGCUGAAAUUUAAUGAAGUUGGGCCGAGUAUUAAGAUGAGGUGGGCUGAGUUCUCCAUAGGCUGGGAAAAGCAGCAGAGCGGACCACAACUGCAAUGGCAGUGGGCCGAGGAAGAACUGAGUGAGGAGCUGAGAUGGGCCUUGCGCAGCCCAAUUGUUAGGUCUCCCAAGUACAAUUUAAAAAGUGCUCUAUUAUAUGAUGUUGUGCUGAGUGAGGAAGAGUUUGGAGGUUUAGUUAGUGGGCUUUCAAGGGAGCAUGAGCCAAAUGCAAUUUGA